CGCCAGCUCCUCCAGCGCUCUAUCAGUGCUCCCUCGGCACUCUCCGCGCGCGCUCGUGCGUCUAGAGUUCUCCGGCAAGUUCACCUCCAUCUAGCGGCUGCUCCUCGUCGCAGUGGCCUCCAGCGCGACAAGUGUGAAUGACCUGGAACAUCCGGAAGUGCAAAGUGCGACUCUAUCAAAGUGUGACUGUUGGAGACCUGCGUUCUCAGUGAUACACUGUGGUGUGCUUCUCCUCGGAGGUCCAGGAGGACAAGUGAAAGUGAAGUGAUAGGCUCAUCAAGUUGUGACAAUACAUAGUGACAGUGCUCGAGCCCCUGAAACAACAACAAAAAAUCUUUGUGAAAGAGAGUUUGAAAUGCUCGCCGGAAGUGCCGUUACCGGAAGUGCCGCGAUAUUGACCAAGUGACUAAGUGCGAUGGACGCCCAGGCACGCGCGCCGUCCGAAUAAAGCCGCGCCUGCUCGCUAUGGUGAGAGAGAAACGGUGCGGGUGAAACGCUCUGUGGCAGUGUAUGUGAGUGUCUGUUGGCGUGCGUACGUGUGCAUGUGUGCGCUCACGUGUGAGUGUGUUUUUUCACCAGAGCCGUCGUGUUGAAGUCAGUGAAAAACAGUGCUUAUUGAUGUCCAGUGAACAAGUGCAACACACGUCACGACAGUACGGUGUACGUGGCCGGGUGAAGUGAAGUGUUGUGAACUGGUGUGAAAAGUGUUGUGUUUUCGUGUGUUAUUCGCCCCUUUGUGCAAUUCGAGUGAAACUGGAAAAAAAUGGGGACACGGUACAGACGUACGGCGAUUUGAAUGCCCGGUCUCUUGAACGUCCUGUGCUGAUGAAAAAGUGAAGUGUGAGUGGUCAGCUAGGCGCGCCAGGAUGGUGAAGUGAGGCGAGACGAUGUUCCAGACGUCGUAUCUGCCCCACGACCCCGCAUGCUGGGCCGCGCAGUGCUACCAGCAAAACAAGGAUGAGUUCCACCCGUUCAUCGAGGCGCUGCUGCCCUACGUCAAGUCCUUCUCCUACACCUGGUUCAACCUGCAGGCCGCCAAGCGGAAGUACUUCAAGAAGCACGAGAAGAGGAUGUCCCUGGACGAGGAGCGGCGCUGCAAGGAGGAGCUGCAGAGUGAGAAGGCGGAGGUGAAGCAGAAGUGGGCCUCUCGGCUGCUGGGCAAGCUGCGCAAGGACAUCACGCAGGAGUGCCGCGAGGACUUCGUGCUGUCCAUCACGGGCAAGAAGCCAGCCAUGUGCGUGCUCUCCAACCCGGACCAGAAGGGCAAGAUGAGAAGAAUCGACUGCUUACGGCAGGCGGACAAGGUUUGGCGGCUGGACCUUGUGAUGGUGAUCCUGUUCAAGGCCAUCCCGCUGGAGAGCACGGACGGCGAGCGGCUUGAGAAGUCACCCGAAUGCGCGCACCCCGGGCUGUGCGUCAACCCCUACCACAUCAACGUGUCCGUCAGGGAGCUCGACCUCUACCUCGCCAACUUCAUCAACAGCCACGGUGAGCAAGACGAUGUUUUAAGUGGCAUUUGUGAUAACAAUAACGAAAAAGACGACGACCGGGGAUACAGAGGGUACUCCCACAAUCCGUACAACGGAGUGGUCUGCAACAAUACCAUCUUAGCCACCGGCGUUUUCUCCUCCAAAGAGCUGUGGCGGCUGUCCAAAGAUGUUGCAGCUUCAAUCAUACACGGUCCCAACGGGAUGGCUCCACCGGUCAGCAGCAUCAAAAUGGAGAACCCCGGCUACUACUGCAACAGCUACACGCCCCCCGCCCCCGACCACGCGCCGCUCAUGACCACCGUGGCCUACAGCCCGCUGUCUCUCCCGAGAAGUUCCCAAAGUCCCGGCGAGCCGAGGACGAAGCGGCUGAGGCGGCUCUCCUCGGAGGACGACCUGGAGCUGGGGGCGGGGCCGGGGGCGGGGCCUGGCGGCGGCGCGGGGGGCGGUGGUCCCGCCCCCAGCAGGGACAAGCCGCAGGACGUGACGUACUACUCCCAGAGCCCCGCGUCGCUGUCCUCGCAGGCCUCCUGGCACUCGGACGUCGACCACGGACUAGGCGGGUCCGCCGGGCCCUCUGGCUCGUCGCCCCAUCUGCAGCUGAGCGGCAAGAGCCUCAAGCCCAGGCUGCCACCCCGCCGUGACGGCCUGCCCUCGCCGCACAGCUCCGUGUCGCUGCAGCACACCAGCUACUACUCCCACGUGCACCCCGGCCACCACCCCGACCCCAGCCAGCAGCAACAGCAGCAGCAGAGCCCCAACAAGUACCCCGAGAACGGACACGAUACCUUAUCCGACUUCGUCACAUUCGUUUGCAAUCAGGAGGGGGAUACAGGCCAGCAGGUGAGCAGCGGCCGCAGCCCCACCAGACUGUCGCAGUAUUACAGCAGCUCCAUGCUCCCACCUCCCCCACCGCCGCCCAUGGCGCGGCCCGUGGCCAUCAUCAGGUCCACGGGGUCCUCAGGCGACCUGCCGUCGGUAGGCGCGCACACGCCGCCGCCCGUGGGCUCGCACUCCCCGCCCAUGGGCCCCGAGUCUCCCAGGGGAGGACGAUCCGGGUCGCCCGGGUCGCAGGACCAGCAGUCCAGGUCCGUCGUCACCAGCCCGUUCGCCGUGAGCAGAGAGUACGCCUUCAGUCACAUCCACCAGCCCGGCCAGCUCUUCAGCUACCCGUCCAUGUCGGUGAGCGCGGCGAGCUCGGUGGGCGGCAUGGUGAGCGCCUCCAACCUCAGCCUCCUGGUGUCCUCCCCCGGCGCUUCACGCGGCGCCGUCAACCUGGGCGCGGGCCUCGGUGGCUCGGGGCUCGGUGGGGCGGGCCUGCGACCGCCGACGGGGCCCUCGGGCGGCCCGACGGGCGUCCCCGUCUCGCUGAGCGGCCCCGGCGCACCUCCCGCCCGGUGGAACCCCGGCGGCCCCACCGCCUUCAUCGGCCUCGAGGAGGAGUACGGCAUGAUGGCCCCCCUGCUGCCCGCGGGCGUGGCCGGCGACCAGCCCUCGCAGCAGACCCUCAUCGACGACGACCGGUACUUUACUGUGGCGCCGCCGCACGCCGAGCCCAUGGACACCAGCCAGGACCUGGGGGGACCCGGGCCCCCGCCUCCCCCCGGUCCACCACCCCCCGUCGCGGUGCAGGGCCCCCCUCAGGGGGCAGGGCCCGGGUCGACGGGCAGCCACGGCUCCAGCGGAGGCCAGUCGCCCACGGGCUCGGGGCCGCCCACCCCCGCCAAGCCGUCGUAAGGGCGGGGCUGGUGGGGCUGGCUGGGCCCAGGGCAGGUCCCGGGGUGCGCGGGCUCCCUUGCUCAACUCUACGCUUUUACUCCCGAGGGGCCAAGGGAUCGCUACGCGGCUGAGCCCCCUGGCGGAACACAGGACAACCCCCCUGCAAUCCAUGGCAGGCAACGAAAACGAAUGUGAUACGUUAUCUAGUUGGAUCGCUUGCUCUACUGUAGCAGGCAGUUUGUUGUUUAUUGACUUUUUUUUGUUUCAUUUUUCUGUACUUAUUUCGUUUCUUUUUUUUUCGUCUCUUCCUCUUCUUGGUGAAGUGUUUUAUUUUAAGUGGUGUAAUUUCUUGUUGAUGUUGUUGUUGUUGCUGGCCUGGAGACGAACACUAAGUGAUGAACGCUCCGGGCGUUAGCCAGGGGGGAGGGGGAGUGAAAGGAGCUGUUUCUUGUUACCAAAGACUUUAGUUUAGGAGUAGGGAGUGAAGAACGGCCCGAACGGCCUCAAACCAAGACACGAGUCGGGCGUGUGGCUGUUCUGUUGUCAUUCCCUCUGUCAGCCGGGGUCCGGGCCGGGCCUGUGCCAGAGCGGGCUGAUGAGACGAGCCGCCGAGGCCCCAAGAGGAUUAGUGCGCUUUCCUCCAUUAAGGUUGUGAUUUGUUAGGUCCUUCGCUUGUGCCGCGCCGGGGAGGGCUGCAGCUGCCUUCAAGGACCUCCAGCUCCUGGAGGGUCCCGCGGGUGGUCCUGGAGGCGCGCCUACAGUUCCCUCGGCGAGGUGUUGAUAUCGGACCUUCGCUCCGUGAACUGAAUGCCGUAGCGGGUGCCAGCUUGGUGCACUUUGCACGAGGCCGGGUGAGGUGACCCAACUGGCGAAUCGAGCCGACCGUUUGUUUCUCUCGAAAAGUCAACCCUUACGCAGGUGGCCAAGAUGCCCGUUUGAGAUGCACAAUGAGAGGAAGACAUUAAGAUUGAGCCUUGCUGUCCAUGGACCAAAUACUGCGCAUAUAAGUAAUUUUCUUUCUUUCAACCAUUCACCGUCUUUGUAACAGUAAACACUUGGGAGAAAACUUUGACUCACUUCAACAGAACUGCUUAUCUUACUUUUGCUCUGUUGUCGAAAAUGUAAGUGGCAAACACUUCUUCAAUAUCCACUUUGUAUAAAUUGUAUAAUAGGGACAUGAUAAAUUUUUAGUUAUUGUCAAGUAUUUAUUUCAUAUAGUAGUAUAAGUUUAUGAGGGAUUGGCUGACAUAGUAAAUUCCGCAUGUUAGAGGAGAUUAUUUGUCAAUUGACGAUCUCCACAAAUUUGUCAUGUCCCUAGUGUUCUGAGAUACUAGAAUGUUUGCUUUUGAGUUAGCAUGAUUUUGUUCUUUGGUAAGUGAUGUGGUAUUUGAGUGAAUAUUUCGGAAGCACAGCACUCUAGUACAUAAGAAUUUGAUACAGGGUGCCAUUUAGACCCCAUGCUGGUAGCCAGAACAAUUUAUAAAUGAAUGUGUAAAAUUCAUUUACUUUUGAGAUAGUUUCAAAUUGUUCAUCUAGCAGGUACAACUUUUUAAGAACUUGAAAUCCAGCUUUUUGUACUCAACAUUAUAAAGCUGGCAAAAAUAAUUAUGUUCUACAGAUGUGUAUAAUUGUCAGAAUGGUUUGAAAUAAGUUUUUCUCUAUAUCACAAAAAGAUAAAAUUCAAAAGAAUUGAAAGUACAGAAAGGCUGGGACCUCUUGAUGACAAUUAAGUAUUGCUAAACAAUACUGUGUUAGGAUAAAUAAUUCAUAUGAAGGAGCGGUAAGCGAUUCGAUAGCAACAUCUCAAGCACAUGUGACAAGUUUGCUACGUACUUAAAAAGUUGAUUGUGUUCAAUAUUGUGGGUUGUGGAUAAUGCCCAUGCCACUGUCAAUUUGAUUUGUUUUUAUUUAUGCUACAAGUGAUUUUACUGUGAAGUGGUUUAGUCCGGCUGAAAGUAGAUAUUUGAAAAUAUUAUUCAUCUAGUUUUGCUAUUCGUAUGUAUUGGUGAACAGUUAAAAUUUAAAUGUUUGAGUAAUCAAAAGUUUGGUCAAUAUAUAGUCAUCUGUUCAAAUACCCACAAAACAUGAUGAUGAUAGUUUCAAUUUCUACUUAAGACUACCAGCAGACUGCCUUUUGUUUUGUAAAUUAGUUCGUAGUUCUGAGGGUAGGGGGCUAUAAGCCUAGGGCUAUGAGUCUUGCCUAUGCAUAACAAAAAGUAAUGUGUCAACCGUUGUAAAUAUCAAUUAAAUAAAUAUUUGGUGGGCACUAUAUGAAUUUGUUGAAUGUAUUUGGUCUUCCCUCAGAUCCUGCUGCUUUGUGGGUAUAAGUGGUACAUUGCUCACGUGUUUGUAAAUACAGCAUAUAUAAUUUGUAAUAUUAUCUUAGAUAGUGAAUAGAUCUCAUUUUGUUUUUUCUUGAUGAGGCUGAGCUUGAAAGCUCAAACAAGCCUUCAGCUAAUAGAAAAAUGACUGCAAAAAUAACUUACAGGAUUGAAUCCUGAAAUUUGUCUCCUAGUAACAUCUUUUAAAGAUUUUCAAUAUAAUGUAAGCCUAUUUUACUUUGUAGUCCACUUGAAAUUGAGCGAUCUCAGGUUGGCUUUUUUUUUCUGUCUGUCCGUCUGUAGACUUCCAGUGAUCAUUUUAGUCACUAAAUUUUUUAAUGUUGCACCAGGAGGUUUCCUCGUGAACUGGUUUGUCUUUGCUGUCACAAGGACAUGCGUUUGUGAUUAGUGAAGUCAUGCUCAGAAAAUCAAGAAUAGUAAAUUGAAAGUUCUCAAUAUUUUUUUCAAAUAAAGAGAAGUACCACUUCACAGUUGUCACAACAGAUUUACUAGUUCAAUAUUUGUUAUCAUUAGUGCCAUGUACAGAACAGCAUAAGUUCUAUGUGAGUGGGAGUACCACCAUUAGACUUUAGGUCUAACAGUUUUGUAAAUAUACAGCUAUUAUAAUUUAGAUUUCAGAAAUCUUUGUUUUUUAAUAUAUAGUUUAUGUUUGUUAUUUUCCCGUUUUGUCAUAAUGAAUAAACUAUGUGCAAUGUAUCAUUUAUCA